AUGGCUUCUGAGGGAAAGGGGACUGCAAGUAGACGCGGCAGUCAAAACGGCAACAACGACAACAGGUGGUCGCUUCAGGGAAUGACCGCUCUCGUCACCGGUGGUACCAAAGGAAUCGGGCGUGCCACUGUUGAGGAAUUAGCGGGUCUUGGGGCUACAGUGUACACCUGCUCCAGAAAUGAAGCUGAAAUUAGUGAACGCUUGAAAGAUUGGGCAAGCAAGGGUUUCCGAGUGAUGGGUUCGGCUUGCGACGUUUCCUCGAGAUCGGAGAGAGAGAAGUUGAUGCUCACCGUGUCCUCCCUCUUCGAUGGCAAGCUCAAUAUCCUAGUAAACAACGUUGGGACUCUUGGGCCCAAUAGUGGAAUGCCGACCGUGGAUUACACGCUAGAAGAUUUUUCCUUCAUCAUGACGACUAACUUCGAAUCGGCUUAUCAUCUCAGCCAGCUCGCGCAUCCUCUUCUUAAGGCUUCAGGAACAGGAAGCAUCGUGUUCUUGUCAUCCGUUUGCGGCGUCGUUUCCGUGAGCGUUGGAUCAAUUUACUCGGCCACCAAAGGGGCAAUGAACCAGUUGACCAAGAAUCUGGCUUGCGAAUGGGCUAAGGACAACAUAAGAAGCAACUCUAUUGCACCUUAUUUCAUAGAAAGCCCAUUCACCGACCAUCUACUCGGCAACGAGAAAUUCCACGAGGAGGCGAUAGCAAGGACACCGCUCGGUCGCAUCGGAGAGCCGAAGGAGGUUUCGUCGUUGGUGGCCUUCUUGUGCUUGCCGGCCGCCUCUUACAUUACGGGGCAAACCAUUUGUGUCGAUGGAGGGUUUACCGUGAAUGGCUUCUUGCUUCCUAAAGCAUGAGUCCAACUUUCUUCUACCUCUAAGAUGUUCAUCGUACGUUUUUCG